AUGACCCCGGGCAACCUCGAAGACUGGGAUUCACACCAUCGUUUCCUGCGAAGAGGCGACUUGGUCUUGCUCGACUUUCCUCGCUCCGAAAGAGAACCCAUACUUGCUGUCUUUGUACGAAGAAUUGGAAGGCCCGCACAGUCUCAGUUCUAUACCAUCCAUGGAAAAUGGGUUCACGGCACUGAACGAAACAUUCAGCACGCAGUUCCUGAUUUUGUGCCUUCGAGCCUUGUUGAGCCCAUCAUACCCUAUCUCCCUGACUCUGGCAUCACCGAGGAAUUGCUGGACAGGGCUCAAAUGUUCGAUCUCAGUGUUCCGAGAGGCGUCUCAGCUCCUUUGGUCACAAGAAUGCUUGAAUUUCAGAGGAAAAGCGAAGAAAUAUACCGUCAGAAUGCCACCACUCUCGACGGCGCGCAUCAUUCCCUGGCUCAUCCCACCGAUCUCAAGUUUGGUACACUCGAGCUGAUAACCACCCGCCUCCUGGGACACAACAAGGGGGAUGACAAAGACACCUUGCAAGAGAAGAUUUAUGCCGUCCGCAAAGCUCUUUCUCGAGGUGGUUUUGCUUUCGGGCAUGAUCGAAGAAGUCAUCGCGUCACUGGAUUCAUUCAAAUUCGGUCUAAAGAGCAAGUGGCAAACGUCGAAAAAGUACGCAAUUGGCUCAGAGCAUGGCAGGACGAUUUGGCAACUUUCGCAGCGGGCAAGACUCCGGACUACCAGUUCUCGCGAAAUGGCCAAAACGUCGUCAACUUCAUUCACAAAGCACAGUCGCUGAUUAAAAAAAGCCGUGAGCUUCGCGAAGUAACAACUUUCGGUCGUGUGGGCAUUAGCAAGAAGCGUUUUGAUAUUGAGAAGGAAGAUGUCAUGCAAUAUGACUUCAAAACCGAAUUUAACGACUCCGACCGUGAGCUGAUCAAGUUCUUCGAAGCAUGGUCGUGUUCUGCUCUAUUCCUGGGUCUCCCUCGUAUUGAGGCUCUUCCUCCUCUCAUUCUGCAGGCAACCGGCAUGUACGAAGAGCACAAGCUGGAUCCGAAGGCCGGCUUUACCUUUCUGCAAGAGAUUGGCGUACUAACGCCUCACGAGAACCGAGUACGAUUCGACAGCCAUCUGCUUCUGCCCUCCUCGCAGCACUCCAAGCCCCUUGAGCAACUCAUGACCAAAGUCAUGAGCAUGGACGAAAAGCCCGGCUUUGUGGACUCGAUGGCGCAUCUGCGCAAAGAUUGGGGAAAUCUCACCGUCUUUUGUAUCGAUGGCGAAGGAGCUCAUGAGAUUGAUGACGGCGUUUCAGUGGAAGAUGCCGGAAAUGGUGAACACUGGGUUCAUGUUCACAUCGCCAACCCAACCGCAUUCUUCGACCACGACAAUCCUCUUGCUAAAAUGGCACGCCAUAUGACCGAGACGAUCUACAUGCCGGAGCGUGCCUUUGUCAUGUUGCCAAGAUGGUCGACAAGCAGACACUUCAGUUUACAAGCCGAACGCCCUGUUUUGACUUUUAGUGCCAGACUAAAUUCCAAGGGCGAGACGGUGGAACAGAAGAUUCAGCCCGGCUUCAUUCGAAAUGUGAAAUUCUUGACUCCUGGCGAGGCAGCACGUGUCGUUGGCGUUGCAGCUGGUUGGAAUCCAGAUGUCGUUCUGAAAAUCGGGGGUGAAGUACCUCACCACGAACCCAAGAAAACUGGCAAGCAUUUGCUCGACCACGAGAUUGAGAUGCUCAAGCAGUUGCAGACGCUUGCUGAGAAACGUCAGGCAAAGCGUCGUAUGGCCGGAGGUUUGUUCCUGGAUUCGAAUCGACCCGAAAUAAAUGUCUGGCAUAACGCUAAACGCCCUGGAUUGCCGUGGGAGCAUCCAUCAAGAGUCAAGGCAAGAUACGUGGAAGGUGACCCUAUUGUCGAGUUCCGUACGAAAGCACUAACUUCGUGGUUCUCUUCUGGCGAAGGAGUCUCUGACAUUCUUGUUCGCGAGCUCAUGCUUCUAGCAUGUGAAAUCGGUGCAUCAUGGUGUGCAGAACGUAAUAUCCCCAUCAUCUAUCGAGGAACUGUGAUAAGUCCCGACACCAACGACGCGAAGAAAUUCUAUGACGAAGUACUGGCUCCAGCUACAGAGAAGAACAUUGGCGAAGCUCCUAUGCACCUUGCCAUCGAAUAUCUUUCCAAUUCCGGUUCUACUAUCCUAACAACAAAGCCCUUGCACCAUCGAGUCUUGGGCAUAUCCACUUAUAGCAAGGCUACAUCACCGCUUCGUAGGUAUGGUGAUAUGCUUUUACAUUGGCAGAUAGAAGCAGCUCUGCGUGAAGAAGCUAGAGCAGGUGCUCAAAUCGAUUUUGCUAGCAGCAAGUCCGCAAAGACACUGCCUUUCUCGGUUGGUGCUCUCAAUCUUAUAGCAAAGGGACUACAGCCUCGCGAGUCGAUGAUCCGUCGCGCGACUACCUAUGCUGAAGAACACUGGCAGGCUACAGUGUUUUUCCGUGCCUUCAACUACAAAGAGUGCGAGCUGCCAGCUACCAUGAACGCUUACGUACACAUGCAGCCCAGCGCUCAAAGGAACGAGCUCGCUGUCAUUGUCAAAGAAUUCAGUCUUGGUGCUACAAUGAGCCAGCCACAAGGGUUUGGACUCGGCGAGGCCAAGGCAGGUGACACAUGGGAAUGUGAGAUUGAGAACAUCGAUGUGUUCAUGCGAAGAAUCCUGUUCAGGCCUGUACGUUUGGUCGAUCGCUGGGAAGGAUAG